AUGUUUACAAUAAGCUUAGUCAUAAACUAUUACUUUGGGAUCAACCUGUUACAAUCAAACAAUCUACGACAGUUUGCUGAUAAUAUCCAUGGAAAAGGGGCACCCCUAGAUAAUUGUUUUGGUUUUAUCGAUGGAACUGUUCGUAGAAUUGCUAGGCCUAAAACAAAUCAAAGAAUUGUCUAUAAUGGUCAUAAGAGAGUUCACGCACUAAAAUUUCAAAGUAUAGUAGUUCCAAAUGGUAUGAUAGCAAACUUAGCUGGUCCGUUUGAGGGUAAAAAACAUGAUAGCACUAUGUUAUGCGAAUCUGGUUUAUUGCAACAGUUGCAGCAGUUUGCAUGGCAUGAUGGGCGUCCUUUAUGUUUAUAUGGUGAUCCAGCCUAUCCAAUUGGAGUACACCUCUUAGCACCAUACAGAAGUUUGAAUAUUACCCCAGACCAACAUGCAUUUAACAAAGCUAUGAGUGCACAUCGUGUUAGUGUUGAGUGGGUAUUUGGUUUAAUGACAAAUUAUUUUAAAUUUAUAGAUUUUAAACAGUCUCAAAAACUUGGCUCAAGUCCCAUUGGAAAAGUGUAUAUUGUAUGUUAA